AUGAAAUAAUCGGAUUAAUAAAAGACUCAUGUUUCUAGAUCGAUGAGUUAGCAUCUACUGACAGAGUAAGAUAUAAAGAAGAUCUUUCCAUAUACUUAAAGCAUUCAUAAUAGGUAUUUGGAAUAAAAUAGAAUGGAAAGCAUACGAGAUUAAUUAAAUAAUUAGUAGUAACAAUCCAUCUCCAUUCACAUUAAGGAUCUCAUAGUCAAAGACAAAUUGAAACCUCGAUUAUUAUAGCCAUUGACAAUGUUGGAUGAAAGUUGUAAUAGAGGAGUUAAAAGAAUGAAGAAACUAUUGUAUCAUGAUUCUCAAAAUGUCAACCUCCACAAUAUCAAUUAAAGAAGAGAAAUGGUUUAAUUGGCAUAAUGGUUGGACAUGAUGGUCGAAUAGGUGCAUUCAUAAAAAUUAACAGAUUAUUAAGAAUAUUAUAACAAAUUGGAAAUAGUUUUCCAAGGUUCAGUAUUAGAGUUAGAAAGACAGAUAUCAAUUGUGGGAUUUGAAUUCGGAUAAUUUUUGAAGAAAUUAUGGGAUGCCUUCACAGAAGAAGUCUAAAAAAUCAUUUUGGGAUUGCAACAAAGAAAUCAAUAAAUAGAAUAGAAAUGUUUAGAGGACAUAAAUUAAUUGCAUAAGAAUUAUCAAGAAGCAAUUGAAAAAUAGGCAGAGUCAAUGAGGAUGAUGAAAGAAGAGGCUUUGGCAGUUUAAAAUUCAAUUGUAAAAAUGAAGAAAGAAAAUGUGUAUUUAAGAAAGAAAGAUAAAAGAAGAGAAGAACAAUUGCAUGAAAUUAUGAGUGAAUUCUGGGAAUAGAAUUUACAAUUAAUUGAAUAUUAAGGAAUAGAAAAAUUUCAUAAGUAAGCUCAAACUUCUGAAGAGAUGGAUCUCGUUUUAUAAUAGAAGGAUAUGUUUGAAUUCUUCAAAUAGAAAUUUGAAGUGCAUAAAAAGGAUAUUGAAAAUUAAUAUAAAAUUCUUACUUUAUAGGAUGAAUAUUAUGAUGGAUCAACUCACUUGAUUAUUACUGAAUCCUCUGUUGACACCAGCGAUUUAAUUAAAACAAAAGUGUAGAGUGAAGACACAUCAGAGUAUUUUACUUAUGUGAGUACCUCAACUCAGACUCCAAAAUAAGCAAAGAAAAUAGAUGAAGAAGUAUAGGUUUAGCCAUGUCAAGGAAAUCAAGAAUCACAAGUCAAUUCAACAUAACUAAGAAAAGAGAGAGUGCCUAGAAAUUAAACAGAAUCAAAACUAUUCAGGAGGGCAAGAUUCCCUUUAUCUGAGAUUAUUUAAGAGUAUAGUGCUCUGUAUUUCCCUGAGUAAGAGUUAAGUAGCAAUGAUCCUUAAUUUACUGUUAUUAUGGCUGAUCAAAUUACCUAAUUGAAGGAUAGAAUUAGAGGACUUCAAGGGGAUAAUUCAAGCGAAGACAUUUUUGCAAUCAAAUAAUAUUUACUUUAAAAUUAUGGCAAUUUCAAUUUUUAUUUUAAUUAAUGUUGGAAUGUGUUAUAAACAUAGAUCUCAGUUGUUAUGGAUGCUAAGAUAGAUAAAGAAGAAAUGGAACUUGAAAUGAAAGAAAUUGAAAAUAAAUUUAAUGAAAAUGUUGCAUUGUUCAAAAAAUACCAUAAUAGAGCUAAGGAAAAAGAAACAAUUUCUAAAUUUUAUGAAGAAUCUUUAAUUAAGGUUAUCAGGUAUGCCCCGUAAUUUUUAAUUAAUCAGAUUAAAGAGUAAGCCAAUGGGUAUGGAGUGUUGGAAAAUGUUGAAUUUAAGGAAUUUAAACGAAGAUAAGGUACUAAUAUGGAUCCCAAACAAUAAUCAUAAUUAUCUAUUAAAGAUCUAGACUCUCCAACUAAAUCUCCUAUUAAAACCUUAACAAAUAUCAAUAUUUCUAAGCCUCUGAUGAAAAUUCAGAAAAUCCCAAGCCAGAUUGAAAUCUCGAGCAAAGAAGAUGAUGACGUUUACAAAAGCGAUUCUUCCAAAGAAGGUUCUGGAGAUGAAAGUGAUGUUUCUUUUAGUUAAAUUAAAUUGGAUUUUAAGCAAAGCAAGCCUAAAUUAACAAUAGAGAAGAAAUUAAGAAUAUCCACUUGUCCAGUAAAAUCUGCCUCGUAUGCUACGAAUUUAUUAAAAUAAAUGUUAUCUAAAUUCAAUAUUAAUUAUAGAACUGGAUUAUACUAGUUAAGUACUAUCCUCUAAAAUUAUAAUGAAUUAAUUAUGAAAAUUCCUAAUACUAUUUAAAAUACUCCUCUUCAUGUUCAUAUGUAUGAGAACAUCGUUGCACAUUAUGGUUAGUCAUAAUUUAGUGAUGCAAAUAGAUACAAAAGAACUAUUCGAAGCUUCCUAUUUUUUGAAACCAAAAGUAGUACUUGCUAAUUAGUCGUUAAAUUUUUAAAAGCAGAAUAUGAUAUCUAAGAUCUCAAUUUAUAUCUCUAAAUAGUUUAAUCAUUAUAAGAAUAUCCUAAUGUUUCGUACUCAAAAUUCAUUGAUACACUACUUAAAUGGUUUUCAGAUAAUAAAUACUCUUAAAGUGAAAUUGAUAAUAUUAUAUAUGAUAUUUCAACUUCAGAAGUUGCUUAUAUGUAGAGUCAGUAAGGACCAUGUGAUUAUGACAUCUUGAUGUACUAGUUUUUGGAGAUAUUUUAAAAACACAAAAAUCGUACUUCAGUCAAGUAUAAGCAUCUGUACACCUCUGUAGAUCUAAUGAAUAAAGGUAGUAUUGACUUUAAUUAAUGGAAUUUUUUGUAUGAAGUAUUAUGUUGCAUCAACUAUUCAUUUUCCAUCAGAUUAUUCUACUAAGAAGCAGAUUACUGUGGGGAUGGUGGAAAGAUGAUGUCAAAAUAAAGAUUUACAUUGGUUUGUGAUGAAUUAAAGAUAUUUUAGGAGGAUGAUCAAAUUAAGUUAUUAGAUAGAGAGACUUAUUUUACAAUUAGGGAGAAGAUCAAUACUUCAUGGAUGAGAGAAAAGAUUGUGAUGAAAAUGUCAUUUAUUAAAGCAAACAAAGUAUAAAUUCUCUUUAAACUAAUAAGUAUUUUUGCAGCAAUUGAUACUUUUGUUUAAAAUCCAAAGAACUGUUAAUUUGAGGCAGAGACUAUUUGUUAUAUGUAUAAGCUAUUAUAAAAAACCUGGAAGCCCUAGUUCUUAGAAUCGUAAUUAAAUAUAGGUAUACCAGUAGAAAUUUCGUUAAUAAACACAACUUAUAGAAAAAUGGAACUCAAAAUUCUCAACAAAGAUUGA